AGGUAACAUGAUUAGUAUACGUCUGGCCGAAGCCAGUGAUACUGCCCUCGUUCAAGUCCGUCGACAAUUACAGCCCUGCCACCUUUGCAUCCAACAACCGCAACACACGACUCGCGGCCGUUCAAGUUUCGGGCCUCGAACAUCACCGAUCAGCGAUUCCUGCGAUUUCCCGUACCUGGUGACUCGGUCAGCUAGUUGCGUCAGUUAUCUUCCAGGUAACAUGAUUAGUAUACGUCUGGCCGAAGCCAGUGAUACUGCCCUCGUUCAAGUCCGUCGAAAAUUACAGCCCUGCCACCUUUGCAUCCAACAACCGCAACACACGACUCGCGGCCGUUCAAGAUUCGGGCCUCGAACAUCACCGAUCAGCGAUUCCUGCGACUUCCCGUACCUGGUGACUCGGUCAGCUAGUAGCCUCAGUUAUCUUCCAGUCCGUCGAAAAUUACAGCCCUGCCACCUUUGCAUCCAACAAUCGCAACACACGACUCGCGGCCGUUCAAGUUUCGGGCCUCGAACAUCACCGAUCAGCGAUUCCUGCGACUUCCCGUACCUGGUGACUCGGUCAGCUAGUAGCGUCAGUUAUCUUCCAGGUAACAUGAUUAGUAUACGUCUGGCCGAAGCCAGUGAUACUGCCCUCGUUCAAGUCCGUCGAAAAUUACAGCCCUGCCACCUUUGCAUCCAACAACCGCAACACACGAGUCGCGGCCGUUCAAGUUUCGGGCCUCGAACAUCACCGAUCAGCGAUUCCUGCGACUUCCCGUACCUGGUGACUCGGUCAGCUAGUUGCGUCAGUUAUCUUCCAGGUAACAUGAUUAGUAUACGUCUGGCCGAAGCCAGUGAUACUGCCCUCGUUCAAGUCCGUCGAAAAUUACAGCCCUGCCACCUUUGCAUCCAACAACCGCAACACACGACUCGCGGCCGUUCAAGAUUCGGGCCUCGAACAUCACCGAUCAGCGAUUCCUGCGACUUCCCGUACCUGGUGACUCGGUCAGCUAGUAGCCUCAGUUAUCUUCCAGUCCGUCGAAAAUUACAGCCCUGCCACCUUUGCAUCCAACAAUCGCAACACACGACUCGCGGCCGUUCAAGUUUCGGGCCUCGAACAUCACCGAUCAGCGAUUCCUGCGACUUCCCGUACCUGGUGACUCGGUCAGCUAGUAGCGUCAGUUAUCUUCCAGGUAACAUGAUUAGUAUACGUCUGGCCGAAGCCAGUGAUACUGCCCUCGUUCAAGUCCGUCGAAAAUUACAGCCCUGCCACCUUUGCAUCCAACAACCGCAACACACGAGUCGCGGCCGUUCAAGUUUCGGGCCUCGAACAUCACCGAUCAGCGAUUCCUGCGACUUCCCGUACCUGGUGACUCGGUCAGCUAGUAGCCUCAGUUAUCUUCCAGUCCGUCGACAAUUACAGUCCUGCCACCCCUGCAUCCAACAACCGCAACACUCGAUUCGCGGCCGUUCAAGUUUUGAACAUCACCGAUUCCUGCGAUUUCCCGUACCUGGUGACUCGGUCAGCUGGUAG